AUGGUUAUCUUCAGCAACCCCAUCUUCUGCACCAUUGUCCUGGGCACCUUUGGAAUUCAGAUUGUCAUCGUCCAGUUUGGUGGGAAGCCCUUCAGCUGUUCACCACUGUCCACAGAACAGUGGCUCUGGUGCCUAUUUGUUGGUGUUGGGGAGCUGGUCUGGGGACAGGUCAUUGCCACCAUCCCCACCAGCCAGCUCAAGUGCCUGAAGGAAGCAGGGCAUGGGCCUGGGAAGGACGAGAUGACUGAUGAGGAGCUGGCCGAGGGGGAGGAGGAAAUCGACCAUGCUGAGCGAGAGCUCCGCAGGGGCCAGAUCCUCUGGUUUCGGGGCCUCAACCGGAUCCAGACACAGAUGGAGGUAGUGAGUACCUUCAAGAGAAGCGGGUCAUUUCAGGGUGCUGUGCGCCGGCGGUCUUCAGUCCUCAGCCAGCUCCAUGACGUAACCAAUCUUUCUACCCCUACUCACGUAACUCUCUCUGCCGCCAAGCCCACCAGCGCUGCUGGCAGUGAGUCUUGACUUCCCUUUUCUCUCAUAAAUGGCA